CGCUUUUUUAUUAAGUGAGAGGAGUCCGAAGUUAUCUUCUCUGCCAACCAUACUCACGGGCAGUUUCAUCCCCAUGGACAAGACCAAUGUCAUACCGUCUUUUUUUUUACGCGCCGUGUGCUUGUAUUCUAAUUGAUUUCUGAGGAAUAGUACUUGGAAACGGUUAUGGGCACCUCGAUUGAACUAACAUUAUAUUUUUUAUAACUGUGAGUUACUCCACGCCCAGGAGGGAUGUUUAGGAAGAUCAACAACGCGCUCCGUCCCAACAAUGGGAACAGGGCUCGUGAUGGCAGUCCGCAGUCCGAGCAGGACUACCACAGCGCCUGCACCGUCAAGUUGGUGCGGAGCACCUCCAUGCUCGUGGUGGGCCAGAGGAAGCAGUCAUCCGUCAACUCCACACUGAAGCGGAGCAAAAGUUCUGUGAAUUUCGAGUCCACCACCGCCUUGUAUUAUUACCAGAGGCAGGAGGACCGGAUAUGGCUCUACUCCCAGAAUCAGAACUGCCUGGAGUAUUUGGAAGAGCUGGUGGCGUUGAGACGGCAGUACACGAGGAGCGUCAACAACUUGAAAAGCAACGAGAUGAAGGCCACAAUCUCCCCCAAGAAGAAGCCUGCGCCUCCCCCGCCCAACUCCAAGGACGCACAGAACAUGAGGACCAAACCGUCUGCCCCUCCAAUCCCCAAUGAGGAGGACACUCUGGACUUCUUUGAUGCUGUCAUCGCGAGCUGUGACCCUGAGCACACGCGCAAGCCCCAUGUAGACGAUGGGCACGCUGACGUUGACUUCAUUGUGGCCACCAGCACCAGUGAGCACGACCUCCACUCCAACUGGGUCAUGCGGGUCCCACGGUGUCCCACAGAUGAGUCCAAGCUGAAGAAGCCGGCCUCAACCAGCAAAAGCAGCAGCACGGCCAAGAAGAACAGCGACAACGGGACGACGAGCAGCCGACGACACCUACAGAGAAACCCAAUCCACCUGCCCAAAGUGGUGGAGAGCGCCUUCCAGACACUGCGCUUCAAGCCAAAACUCAAAAAGAAGUAGUGGGAACUUGCUUGUCCUGAGUUUCAUAACAAGUACGGGAGUCAACUUGGGGAGGUCCCGCGACAUGCAAGCAUUCAGCUCGUGAGGAAUUGGCAGGGAAACAACAAAAUAACCAUGGAUAGUAAUAUAGGAAGUGAGAGAGAGAAGUAGGCCUAGAGGAAGUGGGAACUGAGAGAAAGUGGCAGCCAAUGAUUAUGGUAUUGUGUUGGUGUGGACAGGCAUAGCAUGUGACAUUGUUCGCUAUGCCACCAGCUUGAU